CAUGUACAGAUAAUUAGUUAAGCAGUUAGAUUAAACGACUCCUUUGUAAGAUGCAUAUUUAAAAAUGAAACAUGUAUGAAAACAGGUGAAUAAACACUCCUCAGUUAGCAGGCUCAAGCAAGCUAAAACCCACAACUGAGAGUCAUUGCAUAUGGCUCCCGCACUCUGACACAAGCAGAGAGAAACUAUCACCUUCACCCGGGGAAACUGGAAUUCUUGACCUUUUUGACCCCUUGAUAUAUAUAUAUAUAUAUAAACUACAGCGAGACUGAAUUCCACCGGUCAUCGCUGGGUGGCGGAGCUAUCUGACUUUAAUCCCACACUGAAGUAUCGUCCUGAAAAUGUAAACACUGACGCAGACUUUGUCAUGUUCUUCUUUGCAUGCUGAACAUUAAAUGGAAGAAUGCACCGAGAAACACUCACCUGAGACGGUAAAAGCAACACUCAAUAAUGUUCAGACACAACAGAAUGACUGUGUAACUUGGAUAUCCGCAGUCACACUAAGGCCAUCAGUGCAAGAGGAGCUGUUAAGGUGGGUGGGAACAGUUACAGACCGAUUGUCUCCACACGAUCUCAUGCAGGCUCAGUUAAAGGAUGCAGCUGUAUGGUGAAUCUUGGAACUGAAAAGGCAAAGGACUAAGACAAAACCAACAAUGUCAACAAAAGUCAUGCUAAGUCAGUUACUGCAAGAGUGUAACAGGCUCCAUGUCUCACCAGAGGGAUUAUUACAAAGGGAAACAGCAGAAAGGACACAAUUUGUGGUACCAAGUCAGUACAGAACACUAAAUGACAAGUACUUAGGCACUGAAAUGGCCCAUCUAGGAACAGAAAGAGUGUUGAACUUAUUAACACAAACACUUUUAUUGGCCACGCAUGCAACAUGGCAUUGAACAAUUUAUCACUAAAGUGUGUAUCAAACAAAAUAGACCCUGUGUAAUAACUAGGACUCCAAUGCAACAUGUACGGGCUACAGGUCCUUUCCAGAUUUCAAUUUACUGCAUUUGGAGAAGAGCAGAGGGUGCUAUGAGUACAUAGCAUUUUAGUUAUUUUAGAUAACAAAAUAUGCACAUGCCAACCCCACCAGAAAUAAGUCAGGGAAAACUGCAGCAAAAAAAGCUUUUCGAGGACUUUUUCCUGAAGUUUUUGGCUUUGUCAUAAACCAUCAUGAUCAGGGAAGAGAGUCUGAAAAUCAGUUCUUCAGAGCCUUCCAGAACCUCUCCAUAUUAUCCACAGGGGAAUCCGGUGGAGAGAUUUAACCAUACACUAAGGUCAUUCAUGCAUAUAUUGUACCACAAGUGAAGCUACUGGAUUAGCAUCACAUUUCCUGCUAUUUGGAAGGGCUCAACUGCUACCCUAUUGACCCUUUCUUUGGGUUACAGAUAAAGGAACAGGAGAAAUCAUGCUGAGAAGUUGCAGCAACAGAUGGCGGAAUACUAUGAUAUCGCCAUAGGAAACAUGGAGAAAUCAACAGCAAAGUUAAAAGCCUACUACGAUCGGAAUAAAAUGAGUUUGGUUCUGUUCUCAGGGGAUCAUGUCAGAACGUGGGGCACCGGGAAAGCUAAGAUCACACUGGGAGGACCAAAUACACAUGGUAGUAACAAGGAAAGGUGACUGCCCUGUCUAGGAGGUCAAACCCGAGAGGGGUACAGACAGGGCCUGGGUUUUGCGUUGCAAUAUGCUCUUGUCAGGUAAUUCUCUACCAUUUGAUGAACCAGUUCAAGCACCGCGUAGUCUGUGGAGAAGGGAACCGCCCCAGCGUAGGGGUCUGUGGAGGAGGGAACCGCCCCAGCAUAGAGGUCUGUGGAGAAGGGAAAUGCUGAGAGCGCUGAGUCAGAGCUCAGAUGAGGAUUCUUAUCCAGUAUUCAUCAACAGGCCACUUAUGGAUGACGAGAGCAGACAGAGUAGCACACAGCUGGUAUCCGAUAAUAGUGAGGAACAGGAUCAGACUGAUAGAAACUUCACUGUGAAGGAGUGCCAACCUGUCCUCUGGGAGACCCAAGAAGAGGACAGGGGGUUCAGCCUGGCAGAGGAGGCCCAGAGACAUCCUAACCUAUAACAAUUUAGUGCUGCCAUGCUCUUAUCAGGAUACGAACAAGAGAUUCUCUUAUUAUUAAUGAACAGUACCUUUCGCUUUGGAGUUUAUAUUAUAAGCUCACUGAAAGAGUAAAAUAAACGUUUGUUGUAGCCGUCAAUGAGCUUGCUGCACCCGCUACUGAGAAUUUUGACAAUUUUUCAGCAGCAAACUGCUCUUAACUCUUCAAUGUUUGAGGGGUGCCCUCCACCAACUGCUUUUUUCAUCUUUUGGUUUUGGAUGUGAUUCAGAUCUGGACUCGUUGCUGAUUCAGAUCUGGACCCCAGAACAGUCCAGCAUCUCUUGUUAACCAUUCCUGGUUGCUUUUUGAUGUGUGUUUGGGGUCGUUCUCCUGCUGGAAGAUCUACAACCUUUAAUGAAGACCCAGUUCUGGGCACUGUGCUGAACAUUGGACUCAAACAGCUGUUCACAGGCAUGCUACCUGUGCUCCCUCUAGAAGUCCUGGAGGAGAUGCUCCUAAAUGUCCCUCCACAGCAGGUGGUGUGUGUCUGUCGACUUGUGUGUCGUGAGUGGAAAGAAGUGGUGGACAGUGAUUCCCUUUGGAGAGAGAGGUGCCGAAGAGAAGGAUACCAGACAUAUGUGACUAAACUACCUAAAGACUGGCGUUUGUUUUACUUCUUGUGUAAGAAGAGACGUAAUCUUCUCAAGAACCCCAGAGCAGAUGAUAAAUUCAAGGGCUGGCAAAUUAUGGAGAAUGGAGGGGAUAAAUGGAAAAUAGAGUCAGUGGAUGAAGUGCCGCUUCCUGACAACACUGUCCAAAAGUACUUUGCGACUUCUUACUCGACCUGCAGGAAGUCUCAGCUGAUUGACUUGGAGAAAGAGGGUUACAGGCCUUCUUUCAUGGAUGACUUUCAACCCGACAUCAAUAUAUCCGACUGGUAUGCUCCACGGAGGGAAUGUGGCGCUAAAUAUGAGAUCUGUGUUGAGUUGCUAAAUCAUAAGAAGCAGCCAAUUAAGAAGUUUAGUCCAGGAACUGUCAUCUUUCAAAACUGGGAUGAUCAUAAAUGGAAUCAGAUGACUCAUGUGUUCAAGAAUUAUGGACCAGGUGUGCGGUACAUCCGAUUCAUUCAUGGAGGAAAGGAUACUCUGUACUGGGCCGGCUGGUAUGGAAUUCGGGUCACCAACAGUAGCAUCGAGAUCUGCCCAUCGGUGGACAGAUAGCUUUCGGUGUUCCCAUUUACUCUCCUAAGAGGUUACAUUUGAACAUUGUGCCCACCUGCAAGCUUUACUUUAGCAUCUGUACCUUAGCAUAGUGUAUACCUGUUCUGUCUUUUCUGCCUUUGGCACCCUGUUUCCAUGUGGAUAUAGACGAUUCUAGCUGUAGAAUAUAUACUUUUUUAUAUAUUAAUAUUCAUUUUCCCCUAGUCUGAUUUAGUGCCUGUUUUUGUCCACUCUGUACUAGUGAGUCCUUGUGGACACAGAAGACAAGAACGUGUUCCUCAGUCUUGUCUUUCAGUGAUGGGGUUAGAGUAUUUUGUAUUUUAAACUGUAAGAAGGAUAUAGCCACAUUUGUAGUAAGAAAACAGAAACCACUGUUUAUUACAACCACAUCUAGCUGCUGUCGUCAAGGGAAAGGGUGGCUACUUUGAAGAAUCUCCAAAUAUAUUUUGAUUUAAUACUU